UAAGGCUUUGUCUAAGAAUAUCCUGCAAACUACCUUUGGAACUCGGCCUAAGUCUAGCAGUAGACUAGUCUCCUACUCAGAAGCAGAAUAAUAGUACCAUACCUUACCUCGAACAAGUACAGCCUUUAAUGAACACUAUCGCUAAUCUGAUCUAAUCCCCACCCCUAAUUCUGGCAUGGCUGCCGUUAAAUCUUGGCGAGCAAGUGGCGUGGUGGGUGCGUGGAUACCAGUGACCGAGGGAACAGAGAAAAAAAAAAAAGGUUAUAGCGCUAGCACUCGCGCACCACAAAAUUUCUUCACAUUUACCCAGAUUUUCCAAAAGUUCGCUCUCGGGAUUUCCCUGUCUAGAGUUUUGCGCCAUGCUUCAGGACUCGAAAUCCCUCCGGACUGGACCCUGGCCAUUUACACCACGUCGUGGUGCACAUGAAAUUGCUGACAAGGCUUGAUCAAGGUUCAAGCUUCGAGAAUUCGAAUUUGGGUUUCUGUCCCCCCCAUGCAAGUGGAACUUCAGCUCAUUAUUUCGCUCGUCUUCUGACCGGAAUCGCAGGUCCGUCCGUCUUUUCUGGUUGGGGACAGAAGCUGCAAGAGCUGCAGCAACAGAUAAGAAACAUCAGAGAAUCACGUCAACUCGGGACGGACGGGCGCAAUCUGCGAACAAACAUCUCAUCUCAUCUACCAGGGCUGCAUACGAGGAGACGUUGACACGCUCCCCCUCGAGACUCAGGUGGUUCUAGUCGAAGUACCUACCAAGCUACCUACCUGUUCCUUACUGCUGGAGUCCCUUGACCAAUAAUCAAGAGUCAAGAGGAAACAAGCUAAGGUAUCUCAUCUUCAGUACCUUACCCAAAAAACUGCGCACAAGCCGAGUGCGUGCGUGUGCGUCUACACGCCCACAACACUGACUCCCGCGCUGCCCCACUGCUUUUUUUCUUUACAUACCUUACCUACUUGAACGGGCCCCCAGACUGCAGCUCCAACUGGCUCCUGUCCGGGUCUUUUAUUGCCAUGUCCUCCCCUUCUCGGUUUUCUUGGCGGAGGGCAAACAUAGACCCAGCCCAAGCAAACGAUAUCUCGACGACAAGCAACAACAAUGAUAGUCCCACCGCGGGCUUGAUAUCUCCGCCCAACGGGCCUGGCGAGACGCGGGAUCGGUCUCUCUCUUUUGGAUCUGCUAGUUACCGGGAGCCCAUACGCUCUUUUAUACAUGGAAGCAUGCGUGACAGAUACACCCCCGUGGACAGCGCCCAGCAUGCCCGAAGCGUCCGCGAAGACACGGCCGAAUUAGCGUCAUACCUGCUCUCAGACCAGAACAACCGCAGACCUCCGUCUUUCCUCAACCGGCCCAGAUCCAGCUCGUCAAGAUUCAGCCGUGACGCACCACAGGUUUUCAGCCCGGCCGCCGUGGAAGAUGAGGCUCUAAGUCCUGCCAAGGACACCGAAAUCAUUGAGGAAAUCUCAGAACCGCCGUCACCAGAGCCCGUGGAGGAAGGAGAGGAUUUUAAUGGUGCAGGGCCGUCGAUAUUGGCCAACAUGCUGAGACGCUCUCCGCCGGAGGAUAACCUGAAAGAUCUUGACCGGCAACCGCCCGGCGAUCUUCACAUCGGUGCCAUGUCGCCGGGCCUUCGGGAUUAUGGCAGCUUGCACAAGAAGCAAGACUUACACGAGCAGGAAAGGGAGAACAACAUGUCCGAGACCACACCACUCCUGGGUGUACGGCCACGUCAAAGCAUUCGCCUGAACGGAACUAGCCUAACCUCUGAUCUGGAGAGCCAAAAGGUUGCCGAUCCUCCCAAGAGUGGCUUCCUCCACGGCUUGGCAGGUGUCAGACACUCCCUUGAGAGCCACGUCUCUGCGUUUUUCAGAGUUGCCCGAGAGCCCAAGUGCUGGGAUAAGCGAGCAAUAUGGCAGGCAGCGGUGGUUGAUCCAGUUGCAUGUCUCCCAGCAGUUAUAGUUGGCCUGUUGCUCAACAUUCUCGAUGCGCUAUCAUAUGGAAUGAUCUUGUUUCCUCUUGGGAACCCAAUUUUCUCCAACCUUGGCCCUGCGGGCAUAUCAAUAUUCUACGUCAGCACGAUUGUGUCUCAGUUGACUUACUCGAUGGGCUCUAUUUUCAAGGGCUCUGUUGGCUCGGAAAUGAUCGAAGUUGUGCCAUUCUUUCAUUCCAUGGCGUCUACCAUCACAACCUCCAUUGGCCAAGACGACCCCGAUGCCGUCAUUGCAACCACGAUUGUGGCAUAUGCCGUCAGCUCCAUGAUGACAGGCAUUGUAUUCUUCCUCAUGGGCUACUUCAAGUUUGGCUACAUUGUUGGAUUUAUCCCCCGUCACAUACUCAUCGGCUGUAUUGGCGGCGUCGGUUGGUUCCUGGUUGCUACUGGCUUCGAGGUCUCAGCACGCAUCGAAGGCAGCUUGGAGUACGACCUUGCGACGCUGAACAAGCUCAUAAAUCCCGAAACCAUUCCGCUCUGGGCCACACCUCUCGCUCUGGCCGUGGCUCUCGUCUAUCUCCAGAAGAAGAUCAAGUCGACUUAUUUCCUGCCUUGUUUUAUUUUGAUGAUACCCAUUGUGUUCUAUAUUUUCGUCUUCUCACUCGACAGUCUGAACCCCGAGAGCCUCAGAGAAUCAGGUUGGAUCUUCGAGGGCGCAGCAAGCGACGAGCCGUGGUGGUACUUUUAUACUUUGUACAAAUUCCAUCUGGUGCGAUGGGAUGUCCUGGCGGAGACGAUCCCGGCCAUGUUGGCCCUCACCUUCUUUGGUAUCCUCCACGUCCCCAUCAACGUUCCAGCACUUGCCAUGUCGGCUGGGGAGGACAACGUGGACCUCAACCAUGAGCUGAAGCUUCACGGCUACUCCAACUUUUUGUCGGGCCUUACGGGAAGCAUACAGAACUAUCUCGUCUAUGCUAACACUGUCAUGUUCAUGCGAUCUGGCGCGAACAGUCGUCUGGCUGGCUUUGAACUGGCGGCGCUUACAUUUGGCGUGCUACUGGUCGGGCCGAGGCUGAUUGGCAUCAUACCAGUCAUGAUGGUCGGCUGUCUUAUCUUUGUGCUAGGCUUUGAGCUGCUGUCAGAGGCCCUCUGGCACCCCCGCAAGAAGCUUAAGACGCUGGAAUACUUGACUGUCGUCGCCAUCAUCCUGAUCAUGGGAAUCUACGAUUUCGUGAUCGGUAUUGGCUGUGGCAUAUUAAUAGCUUUCGUCACCUUGGUUUUCCAAACUUCACAGGUCUCGGCGGUUAGAGCAGGCUGGUCAGGCGACGUGGUCGGCUCGACGGUGCGGCGCAACCCGUCUCAGCAAAACUACCUGAAGCAAGUUGGCAGCCAGAUCCAUGUCGUCAAGCUGAGCGGCUACCUCUUUUUCGGCACCAUCGUCGGCGUCGAGGAGAAGAUAAGAGAGAUCAUCGCAGACGAGACAUUCCGGCAGCGACCCAUCAGGUUCCUCGUGGUGGACCUGCACCACGUCGCCGGAUGCGACUAUUCGGCGGGCGAGGCCUUUGGAACCCUCAGCCGGCUACUCAAGAAGAAGAACAUCGAGUUCAUCCUCAGCGGCGUGGACGAUGAUGGCGCGCUGAGCCACAGCCUGAGGACCGUCGGGAUUGGCGAGGAGGUGGCAACAGUGCUGCCAGAUCUCAACUCGGCGCUGGAGUCAUGCGAAAACGAGCUUCUCAAGACCCUGUACGCAAGACAAGAAGACGCCUCAAGAAACCCGCCCACCCCGGCGUCGGCCAACCUCGACGUCCCCGGACAGCAGCACACCGAUUCGGCGUCUCAAGGACCCCUCGAUAUGCUGGCGAGCUCCCCACGCCGCAGCCACCUGUGGGAGGCGGCGAUGCAAGCUGUCAACGCCGGGCUGACCCGGCAGAACAAGUGGGCGGCGUUCGGCGAGCCGCUCCGCUUGCUCCUGCAGAUAUUCUCGGACCUGAGCGACAAGAACGAAGACUUUUGGUUCCGCGCGGUUCCCUUCUUCGCGGCCAAGCGGUACGCUGCCGGGGACGUUUUGUACCGGCAGGGCGAGCCGGCUGAGGGCUUCUACCUGCUCGAGAGCGGCAUCGUGCGCAUGGAGUACGACCUACCGCAGGGCCGGCUGUGCGAGAGCAUCGUGGCCGGCACCACGUGCGGCGAGCUGCCCUUCUUCAGCGACACGUGCCGCACCGCUACGGCCGUCGUCGAGCGCGACGCCGUCGUCUGGCUCAUUGACCGGGAGGCCUGGGCCAAGCUCCAGAGGAAAGAACCCGACGUCGCCCAGGAGCUGCUCAGGAUGGGUCUCAAGAUCACCAGCGAGCGCAUGAACGCCAUGACCUCGCACGUGCUGACUUUGGCGUACUAAAGCGACUGAUCAAAAUAGAAAAACAGAAAAAAAGAAGAAACAGGAAUACAGUCAAAAAAAGAGACAAGAGGGGAGGGGUUUGUGUGGGCUUUUCUUUGCACAAGUCGAAAUAUCAGAAACAAGGACCCGUCCGCGAGGACAUUGAUGGGUUGGAACGCCGUCGCGUCUUUUUCCCUCCUUCUUUUCUUUCUGUUUCUUUUUGUAUAGCCCGGGGUUUGGGGACCUUGGAGGGGAGGGAGGGGUUACCAAAAAAGAAACUCGUUAAAACUGUAAAUGUGUAGUUUGUUCGUUGGGUUUUCUGGGUUUGUAUAUCCGCCUAACUUUAUAUAACACAAGACGUCAAAGUAAUAAUGGGACGCUUGUACAUACAUGUCCACUCGCUGGUACUAGUGUGAUACAUGAACGUGCUUCAGCCCCUCAUAUGGAGACAGGAUAAGAUGUCAGCUCCAAGACACAAUAGAAGUAAUUUCAUC